AUGUCCGACGACACUUCCGCGGCUUUCCCCCUCGCCGAUGAGGCCCUCAGCACCGAGCUCCUCGACCUUGUGCAGCAGGCCACCCACUACAGACAGACCAAGAAGGGCGCCAACGAGGCCACCAAGUCCGUCAACCGUGGUACCUGUGAGCUGAUCAUCAUGGCCGCCGAUACCUCCCCCUUGGCCAUCGUCCUCCACCUGCCUCUCCUCGCUGAGGACAAGAACGUUCCUUACGUCUUUGUCCCCAGCAAGAUCGCUCUUGGCCGUGCCAACGGUGUUUCCCGCCCCGUCGUUGCUUGCUGCAUCACCACCAACGAGGCCAGUGACCUGACCGCUCAGAUCCGCCAGAUGAAGAACAAGGUCGAGAGACUCAUGGUCUAA